AGGUUUCUGGCGGCACCGGCGCCAUUUUGCCGGAGCCUGCGACCGAGUGGGAGUGGAGUGGAGCGGCUGUUGUUGCCGACUCUUUCCUCCUCCCCACGGUCCAGUCAGCUGGUUGAUUAGGCCAUCGGCCCUCAAGCCGAGACCUGUCUCUUAUUUAGUUCUGGGGAGUGCCUGGCCGACAUGAGUGAUGUAGAGGAGAACAACUUCGAGGGCAGAGAGUCUCGCUCUCAGUCAAAAUCUCCAACGGGAACUCCUGCUCGUGUAAAAUCGGAGAGCAGGUCAGGAUCUCGUAGUCCAUCAAGAGUUUCCAAACACUCUGAAUCCCAUUCUCGAUCAAGAUCAAAAUCCAGGUCGAGGUCAAGGAGGCAUUCUCAUAGACGUUACACUCGAUCCAGAUCCCAUUCUCACUCUCAUAGGAGACGAUCUCGAAGUAGGUCCUAUACACCAGAAUACCGGCGUCGAAGGAGCCGAAGUCAUUCUCCAAUGUCUAACCGGAGAAGACAUACAGGCAGCAGGGCAAAUCCAGAUCCCAACACUUGUCUAGGAGUGUUUGGCCUCAGUUUGUACACAACAGAGAGAGAUCUUCGCGAAGUAUUUUCUCGAUAUGGACCAUUGAGUGGUGUCAAUGUGGUUUAUGACCAGCGAACUGGACGAUCACGAGGAUUUGCUUUUGUUUAUUUCGAGAGAAUAGAUGACUCAAAGGAGGCUAUGGAAAGGGCAAAUGGAAUGGAGCUGGAUGGUAGAAGAAUUCGUGUAGAUUAUUCUAUCACCAAGAGAGCGCACACACCUACACCAGGCAUAUACAUGGGCAGACCAACUCAUAGUGGUGGUGGAGGCGGUGGAGGUGGUGGUGGAGGUGGAGGAGGUGGCAGACGUCGAGAUUCUUACUAUGAUAGAGGAUAUGAUCGUGGGUACGACAGAUAUGAAGACUAUGAUUACCGGUACAGAAGAAGAUCGCCUUCUCCUUACUAUAGUCGAUACAGAUCACGAUCAAGAUCUCGUUCCUACAGCCCAAGACGCUAUUGAUAAACAGAGCGGUUGCAGUUGAGGACAUCUUUUUCUCUCUUUUUUUUCCCUUUCUCUUUUUUUGUUUAAUUCUGGAUUUCCCCAAGCUUCUAAUCCUUCCUACUCCUUAAAAAGAGCCCUUAAAAACAUCUUUGGUUUAUUUAGCAUCUACACUUUGUCGAUUGUAUUGUUGUUUUCACCCCUUUUAUUAUAUUCUUAAAGAUGUAAUUGUUGUCAUUUUGAGUAGUUAAACAUCUUGAGUUAAAAAGGAACCCCCAGUGUUAUGCUUUUGUAAAUGGUUUUUUGUUUGUUUUUUGCUUUUACAGAAAAUUAACUCCUGCCUAAUUGAAUGAGGAAAGAAAUGAUCUUUUUAAAGCUUCUUUUGUGUUAGAUAUUGUAUUAGACAUGGUAUUAGAGAGCUGCAUUUACUACAAACUCCUUUUCUAACUUUCUUUUGGGGAAGUUAGUAACAUAAAGUAGUUCAGUCAUGUCAGGUUUGUCUGGGAUGGCAUGGAGCAAUCAAAUAAUUGAGUGUAGAAAGUUUGAAGCUAUAGAAGAAAACACUUGGUCAUUUCUUUUGAAGAACGGAAUUUUUGAACCCUAAAAAUUGUCGUUUUUUAGAGGUGAAAAGCUUGUGGACUCCUACAAAACAUGUUGUAUUUAAAAUACAUUUGUUAAAACUUAAAAACGUAAAGUUUGAUUUUUGUGUUGAAAUUUUUGAAGUUUAAUCAGUGAAGGACAAGCCUUAUUAUUUAUUAUUUAGAGCAGUUGUAUGCUUUGCUGUUAGAAAUUUUGGUAUUGGGGAAAUGGUUUAAGUAAGCUGUUGUAUAGAGUCCUUAGAAAUAGUGAGGGGAAGGGUAGUCUCCUUUCAAAUAAAAGUUAAUUUCUUUGAAAA